AUGAAGAAUUCCUUGGUCUUUCUUUUUGGUGCUGUUGGGCUCCACAUGCCUUCAACAUCUGCUGCUGACACGGCGGCGAUACCAUAUAUCGAUCCGGCUCAAAUUGGUACCUUCAACAUGUCCAGUCUUAAUAUAACCGAUCCACCAAACACCGCCUUCGUAACCCGUCAUGAGGAUGAGCUGUUGCCGAACCGCACAACGCAAGUUCGUCACGGGCUGAAGUUGCGCAGUCUAACCAAAGGCAAGGAACUCCAUUUCUCCACCAAGGCCAAUGGUAGCUUGCACACCAUCGACUCUUUUCUAUACCACUUUGGCUUGGCAGGCGUUAUGAUUGUCAAGGACGGCGCUAUCCGACUUGAGAGAUACCAGUAUGGAAACGAGCCGUCAUUUCGGAACCAGGUCCAGUCGGUCACAAAAUCGUUUGUGUCUACUGCACUCGCCGUAGCGAUCAAGCAGAAAAAGAUCAGCUUGAGUGACAGGGUCUCGAAAUAUGUUCCGGAGCUUGCCCGUUCGGCUUACGGAUCGGUUCCCCUUCGCAACCUUGCGGACAUGACUUCCGGAGUCACUGAACAAAACUCUACCAACAACCCGGACUUGUUCAAUGACAUUUACCCGCGGGCCAAUCCGGAGGCUGUGCUCGACUGGUUCAAAACCUUUCAGAAGGUGGCACAGCCUGGCGAGGUAUACAACUAUUACAACCCGAACUACUAUGUUCUCUCACUGUCUCUCACCCGGGCCAUUGGGGAGCCUCUCGAAGACUGGGUCACCAAACAUAUUUGGGAACCUGCUGGCAUGAAGUACGAUGGCUACAUGCGAACAACUGGGGCCCGCCAAGUCGAUGGGCACGGCGGACUGGCCCUGACUCUGCAAGACAUGGCCCGCUUCGGGCUAUUCAUCCUCGACUCGUUCAAUGGCUGCGGCGGACCUCGCGUUCCGGCUGGCUGGUUCGAUGACAUUUCUGCCGCCAGCACCAGCACUGGGAUCCGAGCUCCAGGAAACAUCGACGUUGUGCCGCAUUCGGGAUAUCAGACCGGAUGGUGGACGAUGCCCCGCGGUGGCAAAAUGUAUCAGCUCGGCGAUGAUGGGGGGUUUGCAGCGUUGGGAACAUACGACCAGGCCAUUUACAUUAUCCCCGAUAUGAACACAACAAUUGUGAUGCAGUCUAGUUAUCCGGUUCAUUUCCCCGAUCUCUUCUACUAUGGUCAGCAGUUUGCCACAGCUGCCAGCCUAGCGUUAAAAAAGGGAUAG